AUGGAUUCAUAUGAAGGCUAUGAUGCAUCUCCUGGAAGGAACCGCGAUGCGGACUCCUUCUCCGGAAGAGCGCCAGCGGAGUAUCGCCGCCGAUCGCCAGCAUCUCAAGAUCGCCGUGGCCGUGGUCGUGGUCGUUCCCGCUCUCCCAUGAUUGAUCGCUACGAACCUUCCGAGCGCCGCCCCCGAGAUGACUUCUACAACAACCCCCGUGAACACGCUGCUCGUGAUCGUGAAGAUCGCCGACGCGCCCAUUCCCCCAAUGUUACGAAUAUCGACCGUUACAUCCCCGGCCAAGACGGUGGCAAGCGUCCACUUCCAACAAAUCCUCUUCCAGAUCCUCUCAGCCUAGACUUUCAAGUCGGUUUUACCUGGUUUGCCGAGUGGUGGAGAGCCGAACAAGCCAUCGGCGAGGAGAGAGAGCGCGCCAAGAAUGGCGGCCGUCGUGUCAAGGGCGAGCGUGAAGCUCGUGAGGACCGGGAUAAAGAACGGGCGCAGAUUCAAGCUGCAUAUGAUUCGUACAAGGUUGACCUACAAAUCAAGCUGGCAAGGGCAUUCGUGCAACAACACCGCGAAGAAGAAUGGUUCAAGGAGCGGUAUAAUACGGAAGUGCGCGACCCGAUCCGCAGCCGACUGCUGGACUUCCGCAAGGGAGCAUAUGAGCAGUGGGAGCGGGAUCUUAACGGCGGAUUGUUCGAUGAAUUUACCCUCGAAGGCAUCUACAAGAGCGAAAGCGACGGCGCUGGUGGUGUCGUUGAAAAAGAAGAAGGCGAGACCACUGCCGUGGGUGAAACAUUGGGAGUUCUGGAUCUACUCCCCGUUCGGGGAGGUGAGCUCCGCGAUGAGGCGCUGUCUCAACCCGCCUUGCUUAUCAAGACUCUUGCGCCCAAUGUGAGCCGUGACAAGAUUGAGGAGUUUUGCAAGGAACACCUUGGAGAGAAUGAGGGCGGCUUCAAGUGGCUCAGCCUUAGCGAUCCCAACCCGUCCAAGAAAUUCCACCGUAUGGGUUGGAUCAUGCUGCAUCCUGGUGGCGAUACAACAAAUACUGUGGAACGGGGAGAUGGUCGCGAGGAGGAGAUGGAUCAUGACAAUGGUCUGACUGAAACUGUGACUAUCACUGGCGCUGAGAAGGCGCUAGAAGCCGUCAAUGACAAGACAAUUCAUGACCCGGUACACGGCGAUUUCACCUGUCACGUUGGCGUUCACGUUCCCCCAGCCCAGCCCCGCAAGAAGGCUCUUUGGGACCUGUUCUCUGCCCCAGAGCGUAUUGACCGUGAUCUUGAGCUGGCUCGACGAUUGGUCUCUCGGAUGGACGGUGAGAUGAGUGACGUGGAUGGAUUCAGCAAGAUCGAGGAACGUGUCGAGGACCUUCGCGGCAAGGGCUGGCUCCAGCCUCCCGUGACCGGCCCCGUCAGUGUCAAGAAGCACAAGAAUGGCUUCAAUGAUGACGUCGAUGAAGGGGAAAUGGAGGAGGGUGAAGAGAGAGAAAUCUCCGUGGAUGACGACGUUGACGACGAGGAGAUCCUGGCUAAGAAGAAGAAGUUGGAUCUGAUGGUCGAGUAUCUACGCCGUGUUCACAACUUCUGCUUCUUCUGCGUUUUCGAGAGCGACUCUGUUCACGAGCUUGGUCGCAAAUGCCCAGGCGGUCACCUUCGUCGCCCCCGCACCGGUCUCUCCAGUCAAGCCAAGGAGGUUGUUCGUGCCAGUGCACUAGGGCAACCAUUCCCUGUCAAGAAGAAGGAGCCGAGCGAGGAUGGAGAAGAGCGGGCUUCACCCGUGCAGGAGAGACGCCCUCAGCGUGUUCCCAAGUCGGAGCAACAGCUGCAGCGCGCAUUCAAUUGGGUCAAGACAUUUGAGGAUAAGCUCUUGCAAAUCCUAGAGCCUGAAACCGCUGACCUGCGCAAGCUUGGCGGUAAGCCUGUGGAGGAGGCUCUCGACGAGGAGCUUGCCAAGUAUGUCAAGCAGGAGACCGACGACCGGUAUCGAUGCAAGGUGCCCGAAUGUACGAAGCUGUUCAAGGCGGAGAACUUCUGGCGCAAGCAUAUUGAGAAGCGUCACGCCGAGUGGCUCGACAAGAUUCAGCGUAAUCUCUACCUCGUGAAUGCCUACGUCUUGGAUCCUUCACGCAUCGCCCCGUCCCGUUCCGAUGCCAACAGCAAUGGACACUUCCCCCUUGCUUCCGGUCAUGGUCAGGGUGGAACCCCCCGUGGGUUCAGCCUGCAGAACGUGCCUUACCUCGGCAACCCAGGGGGUCUUCCUGGCGGAUUCCCCCCAGGAGGUAUGCCCGUCGUGGGCGCAGGUGGCGCCUGGGGCGGCAAUGGUAUGGCUGCCGGUGAUGGCGCACACCUGCACCAACCUGGCGUCAUGCGGCGUGGUGGACACCGUCAACAUAACCACCGUGCUGGCCCUUACGACCGUCGCCGUCCUCCCAAUGGCAGUGGACGCCUCAGCCCAGUUCGCAUGCCUGGCAUGUAUGGCCCUGGCGGUCGUCUUCCUCCUGCCAACUUCUCCGUACCCCCCGGCCACCCGGCCGCGAACAUGGUUCCCCCAAACCCCUUCCCUGAUUCCAUGGGCGGUGGAGGUGGCCCACAGGGCAUCCCUCCACGUGAAGCCGUACAGGGCCGCAGCCUCAAGAGCUACGAGGACUUGGACGCUGUAGGCGGAUCGGGCAGCGGGGAGCUAAACUAUUAG